AUGAUAGAUGAUAUAAGUUUACUCAAAGAAGAUAUUUCAAACUAUAUGUAUAAGAUAUUUGAUGCUCUUGGAUCAACAGAAUUUUCAGUUAGUCGAACAAAUCAACUUAUCAACCACUUGGAAAGGUUACAAUAUGAUUUUACUUGUCGUGGUAUUGAAUCUCAAAUUUACUGGUUAUUGAACAAAUAUUCCCUCUCAGUUAAUUAUUUGAAAAGCUUUCAUUCUCCUAGUCAUAUUUUUAUAGAAUUAUUGUCUGAUCUAUGGAACUUUAUCAAACAAACAGAAUUCUUACUGAUCAAUAGUUGUGGUCAAAAUAGAACAAGUGAAUGUUUAAUGCAAACUUUAUACCCAAAUAAAGAUUGGAACGAUAAUAAAAUCACUUUUAUUAUACCUGUUAACGAGAGUGAUUGUACAACAUCUAUUACUUUGCAAUUGGCCAGUGAGUUAAAUUCUAUAGUGUGGAUGUACUCAAGCUUAAAUAUUGGAUUACAUAUAGUCCAGUUACUUCUGAGCAUAAAUACGUAUGCAAAUGUUUUACCAAAUAUUUCAUGCAAAAAGUGGUCUUUAACUCUGCCCAAGUUUAUUCGAAUUCUGGGACCUUGUUCAAAAGCUUCUACACAACAUGAUACUGGAUUUUUGCUCAACGAAACAAGGAAAGAUGCGAAUAUGAAUGGUUCUCAUACUCACACUCAUGAUUUCAUGUCAACUGAAGAUGAGGAAAUAUCGACCAAAACGUUAUUUCAUCCCUCGGGUUUCAUCAAAGAGUGUAAAGAUACUCCGGUACUUGAAAAACAUUUUAAAAAGAAUGUAGAUAGUUUAAAGAUAAGAUCACAUAAGCACACUAACGGUUUAAGAAGAUAUUUCAAUAUUAGAACUACAUUACGACCUUGCGACACUAAAGUGUCUUGUUGCUGUGCUAAAAAAUCAUUCCUCUUUGGACCAGUUGGUUAUGUGUCUAACUUAAAAUUAUUGAAAGCAUAUCAAAGCUUUCAUUUAUAUAGUAGGCCAAGUGGAAAAGAGCCUGAUAAUUUACUUGACAAAGCAGAUUCUAUUGAAAAUACGAAUAUUGGCUGGAAAUUAAAAGAUUCAUCAAAGCAACAACCAUAUGUUAUUUAUAUCCCUAAACUUAACUUCAAAACGAAAAGGCUAAAUGAAUGUAAUAAGUUCCAAUAUUGGCUGAAAAAAAGAUGGCCGUUUUUGGACGCUUUAAUAUACGAUGCUAAUGACAAGGAGGAUAAGAGGAUCAACCACAUGCACAAAAUUUAUUUAUUAUCUAUUUUACGAUGUAUCUUUUUUUUAAGUUUUGGUUACAUAUUAAGUAGAAUGAUAACUUUAAUUAUCAGAAACAUUUUCUCUACCAGCGUUAUGGUAGAAGUUGAGUAUUUAACAGUUGAAAACUAUGCAGAAGAUUCUUGGAUCAACACAAAGCAUAUCAAUGAAGCCUAUGAAAUUUUACAAGAGGUUGAGAAACAGGCAGAUAUGUUUAUCAUGAUAACAAUUGUUAUAAGUACUUUAAUUUCGUCACGUGUACGUUGUUUAUUAUUAUUAGUUAUACCGACAUUUGGAUUAACAGUUGGUCAUAUACUCUUUGCAAAUCAAUUGAUACACACGUCAUUUAUUGGACCAAUGACAUCAAUCGAAUACAACCUGAAAACAUUGAGAAAUGUUUUCAGUUGUUUAAACGAACAUAUGCAUAAUUUUUCAAGGGUUUCUGAUAGGUUCAAUUACACUGAUUAUACGCAUUAUGAUGCGAGAAAUUCAUCAACUGACUUGAUUCUAUCCUAUGGCACAUCAAGUUAUUUACCCAUUUCUUUAAAAAUGUUGCGAAUAAUGAAUGAAGCCGGUAGAGAUUUGAGUGAAGCAGUUUCCGAGUAUCAAUACAAUUUACCUUCGUUGGAUAAAUUGACUGAUAAUUAUAGAAACUUAACAAAUAUAUUUGAAAAAUCUUAUUCAGAAUUUGAUUUUGUUUCAAAACGUUUUCAAAGCGAAGCUAUAAAACUUUCACAUGAAAUGAAAAAAAGAUUUCAGAAUAAAAUUGAAGAAUUUAAAUUUAAUGCUAAAAUUUAUAAAUCAAAUAUAGUUACCUUGAAUCAGUUUAAUAUGAAUACAAUAGAUAUUGAAAUGAAAAAUAUUCAAUUUGAAUAUGAAAUGUUCAAUUAUUUACUUCAUAAAUGUAUAGCUUUAUAUGAAAGAAAAUUUUCUAUUUGUUUAAAUACAUCACAAGUGAUUUGUAAGACAUUGAUGAAAAAUAAUACAUUACAAGGUGUAUGGUUUAAUGAUCUAUGUGCUAAUUAUUAUCAACCUGAAGAAUUUUGUGAAUUAUAUAAUUAUAUGAAUGAAUUAAAACAAAACUGUAUUUUGGAUACAAAAACCAUUGGACUAGAAUUUGGAUUUAGUAGUUAUCUUACAGAAUUAUAUGAAUUACUGGAAAUGUUAAAAAAAUCAGUCAAAGUUGAAAUACUAAUAAAUAACAAUGAAAUGAACAGUGGAGGUGUCCAAUGGAUAGAAACAGAAAGAGAAUUUAUUGAUGAAAUACAAUAUAUUAAUAAAACCAUAACUCCCAAAGUUAAUAAUUUUUUAAACUCACUUAUAUUAGUGACUACACUGUUUAAAUCAAUCUUUAUAUUACUUAUCUACCAGGCUCAUAAAUAUAUUUCAAAUUAUUUAUUGAAUCCAUACUCUAAACUAAAAUAUCAAUUAACUGUUAGAAAACAUUUAAAUGAAAACAAAGAGAUAGUAUUACCUUUGAAAUUUAUUCAUAAGCUUUUUAGUUUAUUGAAUCAUUUCAGUAAUAUAUGGAUUAUUAUUAAAAAUUCAUUGAAAAACUUAUUUCCAGUUAUAAUCUUUGGAUUAUUAUUCUUAUGUGUAUUUUAUUUAGAUUUACAAACAUAUUAUUUAGUGAAUUUACUAGAUAUACUACUAUUAAAUAAUAUAAAAUUUAAUUAUAACAUAUCUGACCAAUUUUAUAGAGUUGUCAUAUCUAAUUAUACAACAAAGUUGAUUAAUACUAAUAUUGAAAAUAACUUUGUAAAAUCAAUUGAAAAUGGUGUAUUUAAAGAGAUAAUAAAAGGGAUAUUACAAAAUAUUGUACAGUCAAGCUACAGGCUUUUAAAUGGUGAUGAUGGUGAUGAUAUUAAACAAUGUCGCAGAUAUGGACUUAAAACAGAUUCAAAGUAUAAUAAGCAAUUUUACACUACAUGGAUAAUAUUCAUGGUGUUAUCAGUCACAUCAACUGGUUUAUUAUAUAUGCGUCAUAGAAUUGUAGAUCUUUUUUAUCCAGAGCAUACAAAACAUCGUAAAAUAACUUUAUCCAGUUAUUUAUUAACGCAAAGUUGUAAUUAUCCAGCUGAACUAUGUCAACAAACUUUUGAUCAUGAAGAAAGUGGUUGUUUACCAGACGAAAUAGAAAAUUCACCACAACUAUCAUUUUUACGUAGAAUAUGUUCAAAAUUCCUAUAUCUGUUUGGUUUCAAUAGCGGUAUCUGUCCUAUAUGUUGUGGUCAGUUUCAACCAUAUCAUAAUAUAGUAUAUCCUAAAGACAAUGCAACAAUUUGUCAACAAUGUUUACUGACAAUUAUGAAUGAAGACAGUGAAUAGGAAACUUGUUUAGAUAAUAAUUUAAAACAACUGUUUAUUGAAAAAACAAACAUUGAUCUGUUGAAUAAGGAUUUAAACUUAGCAACUAAAACUAAUUGUUCCUGAUGUAAACAAUGGUGGUGUUUCUUAUAUUCGUCAUGUGAAAAUUAAUGAAAGUUAAAUAGUCC